UACUUCAAGAUUACUGCUCCUCAGCUUGUAAGAGAAAAUCCCCCAUGUGCAGGGCUCUGCCCUGGAUCAUUGCUGCCAGCCAAACUCCCUCUUUUCCAGGAAAGGGCUCAUCCCCUUGACAAAGAAGAGGCUCUUCACAGUCCUCUUCUUGAUGAUCCUAGCGGCUUUUGGUGAGUAUUUGCCUGUUGCCAGUGGAGGCAUGGAGGCAGAGAAUGCGAGCUUCAGAGUGAGAGAGAGGUGCUGGUGGGGCCCUUCCAACCCCUCCAUGUCUGAAGCUCAGGGAGCUUCUGAGAUGUCCAUGAUGCAACCAGCCCCAGAGCCAACAGCUGAAACAGGUGCAGAGCCUAUGAUGCUCACCACAGAUGGGAGGAGAUACGGUCUGUAGCUGUGGGGCUCCAAGCACACCUGGAAGCUAGGAGUGUGCAGAGCCCUCCGGCAUGGGGAGAGGGUCUCCACUUGUAGUACCAACCCUUCUCUGCAUCCCUAUGUCCUCAGCCAGCCUCUUGCCAUCCUGCUGUGGGAGGGGACCAUGUGACUACAGGGAUCAUUAGAAACCCUGAUAUAAUACCUCUUUUGGUGAUGUGAAUUACAGCUGGUGCCUUCUGUGGGACCUCGACGGUGAUGUGGAUGCUGCAGACAGCAGGUCUGCCACAGGUCAGUGACUGCAGCUGUGGGACCGUAAAGUCCCACAGAGGAGCACUGGUGGAGGUGGGUGCAUGGGUAAAUAGCCCAGUCCCUCCAGUUCCAGGCAGUGACAUAGAGAAUCAGCCGCAGCUUCUGCCAUGACUCUGGAAAGCCCUGGCAGUUCUGGGGACUCAGGAGAGCCUUUUCCUUUCAGGUACUGCUGGGGGAGCCUGCAGCUGACCUGUAUUCCUUUCGAAAUAUGCUUGCUCUGGCGCGGAAAAAAAUGGACAACAUGCAACAUCUGAGAGAUGAACUGGCAAGCCUGGCUGCAGAGAUCAACACUGUGAAGAAGGAAGCUCAGCAACUGAGAGAAGGGAUGUCUGCAAUCACACAGAUGUCUGGCUGGGCUGUGAAAAGCACAAGGGCUGCCAUCAACCUGCAGAGAUCAUCCAGCAGCUCUGCAUGGCUCUGCAGGAUGUUUUGGUUCCUGUGUAUUCCACCCAUUCUGGAUACCUUUGUGCAGCCUGAUUCUUCCCCGGGAUACUGCUGGCCUUUCCAAGGGUCUGAGAGUGAGGUGCUAAUCCAGUUGCCUGCAAAAGUACGACCAACGGCCAUCACCGUACAGCACACCUUAAAGACAGACUCUCCGCUGAGGACUAUCAGCAGUGCCCCGCGAAAUUUCAUAGUCUAUGGACUGAAUGAAGGAGGCAAAGAUGAAACUCCGCUUGGGACAUUCACCUACACUGCACAGGAAGAGGUUAUCCAGACCUUCCCUUUGCAGGAUGAGAUGAGAGACUUCCAUUUCUUGAAGCUUGUCGUACAGAGCAACUGGGGAAAACCAGGCUACACCUGUAUUUAUCGAGUGCAGGUGCACGGGAAGGUGGAUGGAACCAGUGCCAUCAGCCAGAUUUCAGAUGUGAGGAACUCACUUCAGUAAGAAUUAAAGAGGAAAAUGGAGAAAGGAGGAGAGUGAUUGGCCGUUAGUCUGGGGCACAGCAAUGUCAGUGGCCUUCUCACAGCUGCCAACCACUGCCUUUCGCAGGCCAAGGCCUUCCUCAAGCUUUUCACUUUCUCUCCACCACAGGAAUGUUUCUUAAGUGACCAAAAGGAGACAACAUUCCCAUUGCCUUUUCUUGCCUAGUUCCUUGACAAAAUCUUUUGUGGGUCAUGAUCAUCAAAGCACGGGCCCAUUCCAUUCACACAGCACCUUGACUCUGGGGACGGGGUCCAGUGGGGCCCCGCACAGGGUGCAGCCAAGUCUGCAUGAGGUG